AUGGGUUCCCAAACGGCAUCAUCUCUGACCGAGGCACACACCUGGCACCCGCAAACUGAUGGACAAACUGAAAGAAUGAAUGCUGUUAUUGAGGAUUAUCUACGGAAACACUGUAACUAUUUUCAGACGGAUUGGAAAGACCUCCUGCCUAUAGCUGAACUUGCUAUUAAUAACCGGAUAUCGACAUCAACAGGCAUGAGCGCCUUCUUCCUGGAAUAUGGUUAUGAUCUCGAAGUAAUUGACCUACGAGAAACAACCCACGAACCCACGACACGACGCAAAGAACGUGAGAUCGCAAAAGGGAUUGUCGAGAAACUAGCACAGGCUACAGAGUUGGCCCAGACUGAAUUAGCAGCCACACAACAACGCAUGGAGGAAUCUGCGAACCGGCACCGAGACGCCGCCUACGACUACAGAAUCGGGGACAAAGUCUGGCUCAAUCUACGCAAUAUCCGCACCAAUAGACCCUCCAAAAAGCUUGAUGAUCGACAUGCUAAAUACACAGUCCUGGAGAAAGUUGGAACCCACGCAUACCGGCUGGAUGUAGGGGGACAAAUACACGAUGUCUUCCACACUUCGCUACUACGGCCUGCUUCGCAAAAUCCCUUCCCGUCUCAGGAAUUAGCAGAUUACCAGCCUCCAGGCGUAUUGAUCGAUGGUGAAGAAGAAUGGGUUGUCGAACGGAUUGAAGCAGAGCGCUCUGUCAAGCGAGGACGAGGGUAUUCGCGACAAUAUCUGGUCAAGUGGCUGGGGUAUGCGGAACGACAGUGGGUGCCAGCGCGGAACCUAGAGGACACCAUUGCGUUGGAUAGUUGGGAAGCCGCGAAGGGGGAGGGGGGUAAUGUUAUGAGCUGA